CGCCGGUUGCCCGUUUGCUGUGUAGAACUCCGGGCGAAUUUUUGGGGAACGGUACGGUUUGCACCGCCGGACAUUUUGCAGCAUCGAAGACCCACCUGCUUGUGGUCUGUGCUUCGUUGGCGCGUCGUCUUGCCGCCUGGCUUCCCUGCCGACCAAGCUCGCCCCAAGCUUCGGAAGCCUUGUCAUCAUAUCACAUCACAUCGAGCCAACAACUUCAAACAGUUCCUGGCGCAGCCUAUCGUCCGCGCCGUCGUUUUUCGUACGGGUCUUCUCAACAGCAAGAUUCUCGUGUGAGAUACACUUUCGCACACCAGAGCAGUCAAUACCUAAAUUCAUCGGCCGGGCCGUGGCACCGACACCAUGGGUCAGAAUCAAUCGGGAAUGGGUGGGGGAAGGGAAGGGAAGGAUGACAAGGACAAGAAGAAGGAGAAGCCAAAGUAUGAACCGCCCCCGAGACCUACGACUCGCAUCGGCCGCAAGAAGAAGAAGGCCGGCGGCUCUAGCGCUGCCGCGAAGCUGCCUCCCGUCUACCCGACGAGCCGAUGCAAACUCCGAUUAUUGCGCAUGCAGCGCAUCCACGAUCACUUGCUGCUCGAGGAGGAGUACGUCGAGAAUCAGGAGCGGCUUCGGAAGGCAAAAGCUGCGAAGGACAACGCAGCCCCAACCUCGGAACUGGAUGCCGCCGACCGGAUGGCCGACGAGCGCAGCCGUGUCGACGACAUGCGAGGCAGCCCCAUGGGCGUCGGCACCCUCGAGGAGAUGAUUGAUGACGACCAUGCCAUCGUCUCCAGCACUACCGGCCCAGAGUACUACGUCAGCAUCAUGAGUUUUGUCGACAAGGAUCUGCUGGAACCUGGUGCCAGCGUGCUGCUCCACCACAAGACCGUCAGCAUUGUCGGCGUGCUCACGGACGAUACGGAUCCGCUUGUCAGCGUCAUGAAGCUCGACAAGGCGCCUACAGAAUCGUAUGCGGAUAUCGGUGGUCUGGAGCAGCAAAUCCAGGAGGUUCGCGAGUCGGUCGAGCUGCCCCUGCUGCAUCCCGAGCUAUACGAAGAGAUGGGUAUCAAACCGCCCAAGGGUGUUAUCCUCUAUGGUGCACCAGGUACCGGCAAGACCCUGCUGGCCAAGGCCGUGGCCAACCAGACUUCUGCAACCUUCUUGCGCAUUGUCGGCAGUGAGCUGAUCCAGAAGUAUCUGGGUGACGGUCCGCGCUUGGUCCGACAGUUGUUCCAGGUCGCCGCUGAGAACGCCCCCUCCAUCGUGUUUAUUGACGAGAUUGAUGCCAUUGGCACGAAGCGCUAUGAUUCCACCUCGGGCGGCGAGCGUGAAGUGCAGCGGACCAUGCUGGAACUCCUCAACCAACUGGACGGGUUUGACGACCGCGGUGAUGUCAAGGUUAUCAUGGCCACCAACAAGAUCGAAACGCUGGAUCCGGCCCUCAUCCGACCAGGCCGCAUCGACCGCAAAAUUCUCUUUGAGAAUCCGGACCAGAAUACUAAGCGCAAGAUAUUCGCGCUGCACACCAGCAAGAUGUCGCUCAAUGAGGAUGUUGAUCUGGAAGAGUUCAUUGCUCAAAAGGAUGACCUGUCCGGCGCCGACAUCAAAGCCAUCUGCUCCGAGGCAGGUCUCAUGGCUCUCCGGGAGCGCCGCAUGCGUGUGCAGAUGGCUGAUUUCCGCGCUGCCAGGGAGCGGGUGCUGCGUACGAAGCAGGAGGGCGAGCCAGAGGGUCUCUACUUGUAACAUCUUUGUAUGUCGAGAAGUAGCUUGGCGACCAGCAGAAUGGAAAUAGACCAGCCUGCAGGCGGG